CAGGGCCAGGGCCGCGCCGGCUUCCUGCGUCACGUCCUGCGCGCCUUCCGGCAGCCAACAUGGCGGCGCUGAGCUGUGUCCGCUGGCUGACCCGAGCAGUGGUUUCCGCCCGAAACCCUGGGACAUGGCGAGGUCUGAGUACCUCCUCUACUGCUCAUGCCGCUUCGCCCAGCCAGGCCGAAGAUGUGAGGGUGGAGGGAGCUUUUCCAGUGACCAUGCUGCCAGGAGACGGCGUGGGACCUGAGCUCAUGCACGCUGUCAAGGAGGUGUUCAAGGCUGCCGCUGUUCCCGUGGAGUUCCAGGAGCAUCACCUGAGUGAGGUGCAGAAUAUGGCCUCUGAGGAGAAGCUGGAUCAGGUGCUGAGUUCCAUGAAGGAGAACAAGGUGGCUAUCAUUGGAAAGAUCCAUACCCCAAUGGAGUAUAAGGGGGAACUAGCUUCCUAUGAUAUGAGACUGAGGCGUAAGUUGGACUUGUUUGCCAAUGUAGUCCAUGUGAAGUCACUUCCUGGGUACAAGACCCGGCACAACAAUCUAGACCUGGUGAUCAUUCGUGAGCAGACAGAAGGAGAGUAUAGCUCUCUGGAACAUGAGAGUGCGAGAGGUGUGAUUGAAUGCUUGAAGAUUGUCACUCGAACCAAGUCUCAGCGGAUUGCAAAGUUUGCCUUUGACUAUGCCACCAAGAAGGGGCGGGGCAAGGUCACAGCUGUCCACAAGGCUAACAUCAUGAAACUUGGGGAUGGAUUGUUCCUGCAGUGCUGUGAAGAAGUCGCUGAAUUGUACCCCAAAAUCAAGUUUGAGACAAUGAUCAUAGACAAUUGCUGCAUGCAGCUGGUGCAGAAUCCCUACCAGUUUGAUGUGCUUGUGAUGCCCAAUCUCUAUGGCAACAUUAUUGACAAUCUGGCUGCUGGCCUGGUUGGGGGAGCUGGUGUGGUCCCUGGUGAGAGCUACAGUGCAGAGUAUGCAGUUUUUGAGACGGGUGCCCGGCACCCAUUUGCUCAGGCAGUGGGCAGGAAUAUAGCCAACCCCACAGCCAUGCUGCUGUCAGCUUCCAACAUGUUACGGCAUCUCAACCUUGAGUAUCACUCCAGCAUGAUUGCAGAUGCAGUGAAGAAGGUGAUCAAAGUUGGCAAGGUGCGGACUCGAGACAUGGGCGGCUACAGCACCACAACCGACUUCAUCAAGUCUGUCAUCGGCCACCUGCAUCCCCAUGGGGGCUAGAGCUCUUUAUUCCCUCCAACCUCACAAGGACCAUACUACCUACACAUCCCUUCAGUACAGUGGACCAGGGAAGAGACCUUGAACCUCUAGACAGUGGACCAUAAUUGAUUUCUGGGCAGAGCCUAGGUUGUCCUGGGGCUGGCUUCUUUAGGGAACUUAUACUGGGCGGUGGGGGUUUUAAGGGGUGGGACCUAGGUCACAGGAUGAUGACACUUCUCCC